AUGCGCAGCCUGUACCGGCGUUUACUCAAGGCGGGCGAGGAGGGCAGCAUGAUGCAGCGCUGCCUCACGGUUAACUCGCUGAGCGACAGCUUAACAUACGGACUGCGGCUUCUGCGUCUGCAUCGUGGGCUGACCACAGUGGACGCUAUGGCCCAGCAAACUCCGUGGUGGCGCGUGGGGAGGCGUGCGCGCCAGGGUUUGACACGCCGCUACUAUGCGUGGAGCCUUCAGUCGCUGCGCCUGCAGCUGCGCAGUCGCAACGCAAUCGCUGACGUUCUGGUGUACUUGCUCUUCAUCACCAUGUGCUUCCUUCUCUACGAAAUCUACUAUACGUGCCGCAUUGGUGUAAACCGGGCCGAGGAACGCUACCGCACACUCGCCAUCCCUAUUAUUCAGACCCUGGACGCCCUCGAGGCGGCACAGGCGCGGAAGCGUGAGUUGCGCAAGGAGAUGGAGAAUGACAUUGUGCGAGAGCGGUGA